AUGAGCGUCAACUUCCAAAAGCUCCAGGCGCUCCACCGUGCCCGCCUGGACAAGGCAAAAUCCAGGAUGGCGGCGGCGGACAAGGCAGAGACGGAUCUUGAGGAGCGCGUUGCCGAGACGCAGGCAUGGUUCCGCAAGGCCCACGAAGAACUGAAGGUUGCCCAGGAUCUACUGGCCGAGCGCAAACAGGAGCUUAUCCUGAAGCAGGCUGAUGUCGAGAAAGCCCAGGAGGCGGUGAAGGAACAGGCCGCCAAGGAUGAGGUGAAAGAGCUGGAGGUGGAGCGGGAUGGGCUGAAGAAACAGGUCUUGGAGCUGACGGAGGAGAGGGACGCGGCCAACGGUGCUUUGGCGGAGGCGCAGGCCACAGUCCUCGGCAAGGCCGAGCUACUCUCCAAGGCCAACGACUCCACCAACGACCUAAAGCUGAAGCUGGAUGGCCUUGAGGGGACGCUUUCGGAGGUCAGGGCCCGGGAAGAGACCCUGACCAAGGACCUGGAGGAGGAGAAACGACUGCGGAGGGACGGCGCCGCCGAGUACGAGGAUUACGCGAAGGGCGUGAACCUCUAG